CUCUGCUCGGCAGCGCUCCGCCACAAAGUUGCAGAGCAUCUCCGAGUCUCCGCCUGCUCGCUCUCACUUUACAUCUCUGCUCCUCCUGCUCCUCCUGCUCCUCUACACCUCACACCUUCACUUCGCUCCUGCCUCGUGUGUGUUUCAGCUGUGUGACAGAUCUGCGCGGUCAAGGUGUGUCUCGACGCGGUCAAAGAUGCUGGCUUGUACGGAGAUGAUCACUAUGUGCCUGCAGUCGGCCAAACAGAAGCAUCUCCGGGCUCAGCUGCAGCAGCAGCAGCCGCUGCACAGCGCCGGCCAGGGGCUGACCAUCUUUCAUGAUAUUUUCCGCCGAGCUGACAAAAACGAUGAUGGCAAACUGUCAUUUGAGGAGUUCAAUGCUUACUUUGCGGAUGGGAUCCUGACUACUGAGGAGUUGCAGGAGCUUUUCUACUCCAUAGAUGGACGACAAAAUAAUAAUCUGGACACUGACAAGCUAUCAGAAUAUUUUUCUCAGCACCUCGGGGAGUAUCUCAAUGUCCUGUCAGCUCUGGAGAGUCUGAACAUUGCCAUUUUAAAGGCAAUGGAUAAAACUAAAGAGGAGUACCAGGGUUCCAGUGUGUUGGGCCAGUUUGUCACCAGGUUCAUGCUCAGAGAGACAUCCAGUCAGCUGCUGUCUCUACAGAGGUCACUGCAGUGUGCCAUGGAGGCUGUGGAGGAGCAGAGCAGCCCUGCCCCGAGAGAGGUAAAGGCGCCUGAGCUGACAGCAGUACAGAGGAAUGGCAGGCGGUGUGGUCGGAGGGUCCAUAAUAACCUGUGCAUGUCCCCAUCAGAUCCCUGCUCUGGCAUCCUGACCAGCGGCGUGAACAUGGAAGAUGGAGAGAACUGGUGCUCCCAAAUCAACAGGCUGCAGCAGCUUCUGGACAAACUGGAGUGUCAGAGUCCUAAGUUGGAGCCGCUGAAGGAGGACACGCUGGCCAGCACAUACAAGUCUAACAUCCUGCUGGUUCAAAGGCAGAUGUCUGUGACCGAUGAAGAUCUGGACAACUUCCGGAAAGUUCUGAAAAGCUACAUCGAUGCCACCUCAGCCCACUCUGACAACCUGCAUGUGUCCGUUCAGAAGCUCCCGGGAAAGUCGUGUUACAUAAUGUAUGAGUUCUGGCAAGACCGCAUCUCCUGGAUGAGCUAUCUGCAGUCCAACAGCAGUAAAGAUUUCCAGCGCUGCAUCAUUGACAUGUUGGAGGAUGCUGAAGUAGUAUCUACCAUGUUGCUCCCAGCUUCCUGGUGGAUUAUGACUAACAACUGAAUCCAACAUGUCACAUCUACUGCCUACACUGUCACACGGACAAAGACACACAAGCACAGCAACACACCCACCCGCAUUCACACACACUCACACACACACAUGCAUAGAAAUACACACACACCGAAGAAUUCAAAAGGCAUCCAUGUGUUUGAAAGCACCAGGAGACAGAGACGGUGGCGUCACCCAGCGUUCUCCAGCAGCAUAUUUUAAUGUCCCUCCGUCUGCGACCGCUCAUUGUUGUGCUGCUUGUAUGAAAAGGGAUAGCUGACUGCCUAUAGCCAAUCUUUAGACUUGAAAGUGACUGAUUCUCUGCAAUGCAAAGCCACUUUUUAUUUCUAUUUUUCCUCAUAACCCUCUGUUGUUCUUCGGCCUCCUUUCUCCUGCAGUGUUUGUCUGAUAUUAUUCCAGUGGAGAACAACCAAAAGACGCUAGUGUAGGCUACUAGAGCAAAAUUGGAAUGAAAAUGAUAAUGGCAGUAGUGUUUUGGGCUUUUAAUGAGCUGCUGAACUGAUGAAUACAGUUAAACUGGAUUUAAAAAAGCAGAGUGGAUGUGGUGAUGCAGGGUUACUGCAGCCUGAACAUGCAUGCUGAUGACUGUGGCCAAGAGCUUUCAGGAGUAGUUCCUUUAAAUCCUGGAUGUAUAUGUUGUAUGAUAUCGUAGCACUGUUUUUCUUUCAUUUAGCUGCCUUACAUGUCAUGUGCACAGAAUGCCAAAAAAAAGCUAUUAUAAUAUCUAAGAGAAAAGCUACAUCUGUCCUGACAUCUAUCUACAGUAUUAUUAGAUAUAGUGGUCAGUUCUUUCUGUUAGUUACCUCCUCUCCUCAUUCCUCAGUCUGAGACACAUUCUUUGUCUCAAAUGUUAAAGUAUCUAAAAAUGUGUGUGUCUAAGGGAAUUAACACUUUGUGAGGAGAUUUCAUUGUAUCUCUACAUUAUAAAGAGAAAAUAUAUUUAAUGUAUGAUGUAUUUAUUUUGAUCAUGGUAGAGCGCAUUCCAUCUGUACAUAUGGAAAUCAGAUAUAUUCAUAUUUCUGUUGUGCUUUGGUUUGGUAAUGAACUGAAAAGCAACUUUAAUAAACCAUUAAAGCUACUAAUUGGUUGUUCUGACAGCGAA